GGUUGGGUUGGGUUGCAGACAUUUUCGGCGUUAUCCUGAAAGAUCUGUGAAUUAAUCCUGGUGAAGCUCUGCUUUGGGUGGAUGUUUUCAUGGUGAACUGCUGCUUGGGUAUGGGGCUCUCAGGCCAGGUGACGGCAGUCAUCUUCACCUUCGUGUUGGUUUCUCCACAUCACCCCACCGCAGGUGUUGGCCAUGACCCGUUGCUUGUCUUGGAUGGUUACGAGGACAGCGGUAUCCGAAUGAAAUGUUUCUCCGAGAGGUUGUUUGCCCAAGUCCAGCUGUUGUGGACAGAUGGUAGAGGAGACAACAUUACCGGAACUCCUCUCACCAGUGGUACCACCACUGGUAACGCCGGCAGCUCCAUCAUUCUAAAACCAGGAUCUGGAAACUCUAUGUCCUGCAAAAUAAUUGAUAAACUGUUGAAAACAUCCACAGAGUCUUCUGUCGUUAUUGCGGAUGUCUUCUUCCCUGCCACCUCCCCUUGGCUGACGGCGUUUGUCAUGCUCCUGCUCUUGAGCAUAUUCCUGGUGAUCGCCGCGAUUUAUAAGCUCAGAAAGAACGAGAAGACGAUCACCCGCGAAAGUAAGUCUGAUACCGUACAUACAAGGUGCGUUAAUGCUAUAGGUCAUCGUGAGCGUCAUGAGAAAUAUUUUGAAGAAUUGCUUUCAGGGUGUAAAAAUAUUUCUUUCUCCACAGAAAAUGCGCAAAUGGAAAUCAAAAAAGAGAUUGAGGAACUCAAGGAAAAACUGGCUGAGGAGCAACAGAGGUGCCAGAAGGAAAGUCAAGACAUGUCUGCCACAAUCGAAAAACUCCAGAAUGAAAUGGAGUUCAGGAGGGCCCAAAGCAAGGCAGUCACCAUCACCCUGGAUGAGACCUGCCUCCAUCCCAACACCACCAGUAAGAUGUACCACCAACCCACACUCUCCAGCCACCACGAGAUCCCACCCGACACGGUGGUGGUGGCCACCGAAGGCUUUUCCGAGAAGAAACAUUACUGGGAAGUGGAGGUGGGGGACAAACCGGAGUGGGAGCUGGGGGUGGUGCGUGAGGAUGUCCGGUGGAAACUGCGGAACAAAGCCAAGAGUACUUUCCUGGAGGGGAGCUUAUUCAGUCUCCAGUUUUCCCAGGGAGAGUACAGCUUGACCGGUGGGAAGGUGGUAGGAAGUCGCAUCCCCUGCAGGGUGGUCGGCGUUCUCCUGGAUCAGCAAUCAGAUAUCCUCUACUUCUUUCACGUUGAAGAAAAGUGCCACCUUGCGUUUGUCCCUCUUAAUUCUUCCGGGAAAUUCUACCCGUUCUUCAGCUCAGGCUCCAAUGGCAAAUAACCAGGAGCAUGCUCUCUAUAAAUCAAAAAACAUUAAUUACCCUCUCUAUGACACCCUUCCACAGGACCAGGAGGAGAUUAAUAAAUUAACCAAAUAGAAAAUCGCGGAGGAUGUGAAAGCAGACAGAAAGGGGGAAAAAAUAAUAAUUAUAUCAGCUUUUAAAACCAUGGUCAAGACAAAAAUCCCUGGAGUAUUCCUUAGGGACCCAUCUUGUACAAAGAAUUAAUGUUGUAAAAACCCAGACCUGUGAAAUAUUACAGUUUUAUUCCGUUUUACCUGAAAUAAAGAAUCAUUUAUGUA